GAAACAAUGAGUGCCGCAACAUCGCAAGAUUUGAACAUACUGGUCUGUAAAUUAUGCAACCAGACUUUGAGAAGUCCACGGAUACUUCCAUGUAUGCAUAUAUAUUGUGUGGAAUGCCUAGACAAACUUGUGGAGGAUGGACAAAGAGGCUUCCAGUUAAAAUGCCCUGGCUGUAGAGAGGAACAUAUGAUACCUGAAGGAGGGGUAAAGAAUUUCAAGAUAAGCUUGAUACAAGAUGAUACUUCCAGUAAGCUGUUUGAGACAUUUCAUCAAGAUGGCAAACCUACAUGCGCUGUAUGUGCUAUCCAGAAUAUUGACAAAAUAGCACGAGUUAUGUGCAUUAACUGUAGUAAAGUGUUAUGUGCUAAAUGCAGACAAUUGCAUGAUAAUUUUGUAAGUGGCCAUGCCAUAUUGAACCUGACAGAUGAUAAAAUCGAAGAUGAGAAAAUGUUAUAUGAAUACAUGAAAGAACCCAAAGUUAACUGUCCAAAACACAAAAACAAUGUUCUGAAUUGGUUCUGCGAGGAUGACAAUAGUGCUAUCUGCUCUGAAUGCAUUGCAAUCAAUCACAAAGGCCAUAAAUAUGUGGACAUACACAAGGCAGCAGAAAACAACAAAAUACUUAUUGAUGAGCUUCUCAAAGAUGGAGAAAACAGGGUAGAUGUUUUUGACACUGCAAUUAAACAAGCUAAACUGUACAGAGAUAACAUGCAAAGAACUCUCAAUAAUGCCACUGAUGUAUUAACAAAUGAGAUGAAUGCUGCUAUACUUACUAUUAGAGAAAGUUACACCAGUAGAAUUGAUGAUGUAAUUAAACAGAUUGAGGAUUGUACGAAUCCAGCAGAAGAUCACAUUAAGAAUAUUGAAGACAAGAAAGCCAACAUUGAAAACACCAUUGACCAACUACAUACAAUGAAAGACAAAACUAACAAUGCAGAGUUGGCUAAUAUCACAAAUGAAAUCCACAGAAAAAGAAAGCAAUGGAAACAAAAUCCUAAACCUGACUUCAACGGCAAAACUCUUCACAUUAAAACACAGCCUGGAAAAAUCAAAAACUAUUCUGAAAGCCUUGGAAAAAUAACAAUCAAACUUGGGAAAGUAACAGUGAAAGAUACUGUAAAGACUGAUGCGAUCACACUUGAGGAAGUCACAAUAAAGGACACUGCUAUGACUAAAGACAUCUUCACCUUUCUUCUCAUAGUAUUAGCUGUAGCUGUUCUCAUUGCUGGUAUCUGUCUGUCAUCUCUAGAUCACCAUGUGAAAAAGGUUAUCCAACCUGAGGUAUUAGUGUCAAAGAAGCUAAAUGGAUAUAUACAAAGCCUUCAGAUGUUUGACAAUGACAAACUUAUCACAGUUGAGGAAGGAUCAGUCUAUAUGUAUAACAGCAAAUUGGAGCAAAUAAAAUACUUUGAAAUUAAUUAUUACGUAUCCAAUGUCAUCACAACAAAGAGUAAGCUUAUAGGGUUUACAACAAGCAAAAUACCCUUUAUUAGAUUCAUUAAAGCAGAUGGUUCUCAUGUUAGACAAAUGGAAGUACCAAAAUUGAAUCAUAUUCUUGGAUUAAGUGUGAACUCUAAAAAUGAAUUAAUUGUCAGUGACUUUGGGGAUAAGUCAAUAUAUCAUGUGGAUAUAACAUCUGGUGAUAUACUUGCCAAGUCAACUCUAGGUUUGUUUGAGUAUCCAUUGUAUAUAGCUACCAAUAGCAAGGAUGUGGUGAUAGUGUCUGAUUAUCUGGCCCAUAGGGUUACAGCUAUCACCAGAGAUGGUGAUGUAGUGUUUAGAUAUGGCACACAGGGAAGUGGGCAAAACCAGUUAUAUCACCCUGCUGGAAUAUGUACAGACAAUGCAGACAAUGUCAUAGUGAUUGACUCUUUGAACAAAAGAGUGCACUUGUUGUCACCUAAUGGAACAUUCCUUCAAUACCUGAUGACAAAAUCUGAUGGCUUAGUUCAACCAAAAGCAUGUGUAGUUAAUCAUGAAGGACAUGCGUUAGUUGGUGAUCAGCAUGGAAACAUUCACAUUAUCAAAUACAGAGAAUAAAGCUAACAUACCAGACAAUGUCAGUGUGCUACAACUGACACCUUGCUAUAGAUGGCACUGUAGUUGUGUUUCUAGGGGAAAAACUUCAAGCAUGACACUUUCACUUUUAGAAUUCUCCAUUUGCUUAAUUUUACAUGCAAAACAUAUUGUUACUUUGUUGUCUUAAUCAUAUCUAGGCCAAGGUAUCAUUUAUAUAGAUAAACAGACUGGCAAAGAAUGGAAAAGACUUAAGAACUGGCCUCUAUAAAAGGCAUUCAAUAUAUAGAGUCAACUCUGAUUCAUUUAUUUCAAAUUCUAAUGUAUAUAAAACAAGUGAGAUAGAAGUUCCAAAGUCUAUUAAAAAUGAACAGGUAGAUACAGAUACAGUUCCCUACCAGCCCUACUAUAUACACACAGAUUAUAUAUGCAUGUAAAUAUUCCUAUUUCAAUGAAGAGUUUUAACAAGAAAUGUGAGAUGCCACAAUUGUACAGUGUUAAGUGUAAUAUAUUGGUGUUGAGUGUCAAGCCAAACAACAUUUGAAAAUAUUGUGAGUGUAAUGAGAUGUAACAUUCUUGUUAUGUUACACUUCUCUGUUGUUAUGGUAGGCCAUAUUGUUGCUAUGUAACAUACCUACAAUAACUUGUUGUUAUGGUAGGUUAAAUUGUUGCUAUGGUAUACAUACCUAGAAGUUAUGGUAG